GAUAAGCUGAUCGAUCUUCAACGUAUAUAAAUCUUUUACAUAAAUAUAUAACCAAAUGAAUGCUGAUCAGUCCUAUGAUCAGUUUUCACAACAGUAUACAAAUACAGUACCCAAUCGCGCAGGUAAAUCAAUUUUGCAAUCAUCUCGUUAUAAAUUUAAUUAAUGCACACACCAACAACGCCAACUUGUUUUUUUCUUAUGCCAAUAAAUAAGCCCCAAAAAUCAUGCAACACUAAUUCGAUCAGAUUUCCAGAAUCCAUAUAAUACCAUUCCAUCCCACUAUUCCUUUCCUUCUUCAUUAACCCUUCUCUCAUAUUUUUUUUUCGUCAGUUUCCAGACCAAUGGAGCACAUCAAGCCCCAAAUUCCCCUAACCAUUUUAUUCUUGACAACUUGCAGUUUGCUUUUGUUGUUGUGUGGUGCAGAUGUGAGUCAAGACAGGCAGAAAUGUGCCAACCAACUCGUAGGUUUGGUGGGUUGCCUUCCGUACGUAAGCGGGGAUCCCAAUGCCAAAGCUCCGACGAUGGAUUGUUGCAGUGGACUCAAAGUUGUGCUGGAUAAGAGCAAGGAAUGCCUUUGUAUUUUGGUUAGGGACCGAAAUGAUCCGAGCCUCGGUCUCAAAAUCAAUGCUACUUUGGCACUCGGACUUCCUGAUAAAUGUAAAACGCCCGCCAACGUCAAAGACUGCCCCGCGCUGUUGCAUUUGCCACCCAACUCUCCAGAUGCUAAAGUGUUUGAUGAUUUUGGAAACAGUGGUAAUGGAAGCGUUACUGCCCCAUCUCCUCAUUCUGGUACGCUCUACCAAAGUGAUAUAUGCAUUCGUAGAAACUAUAUACUUCUUUCGUCUCAAAAACGAUAUUUUAUUGUUAUACUAGAAUAAUGUAACUAAUAACUAAAUAUGCACCUUCUAAUUUUAUUUUAUUUUCAAGUUUGGCCAUUUUGGCCUACCUUCCAAAGCUGAAUAAAAAUAUAUUUAUUUUGUCAACCAAUUUCCACCAUGUAAAAUUUGCAAUUUUCUUCGAAAAAAAGAAACGGAAUAAACCAUGAUUUUUUUUUUUUUUUUUCAUGUGAUAUUAAUGUUAGCACAGGUUACGUCGAUAACGGUCCCAAUCAUGAACAUCGUUAUAAUUUAUCCAACGGACAUUUAAUUAAUUCCUCUCCAUUAUUGGUAGUACUAAUUAAAUCAUUUUUCUUCUUCAAUUCCUUUUCAGUUUCUGACAAACGAGGUUAUUUAUUUUGGGGAUUUGUAUAGGUUCCAGUACUGGUGGUAAUGUGCAAUCAACCACUGCAAGUAAGAAUGGAGGAUCAAGGACGAUCGGAUGGUUGAGAAUCGAGAUGGUUUUAGGGUUGAUGAUCAUCGUCGCGCUUCAUAUUGUAUCCUGAAAUAUUUAAGCUCUUUUAUUUUUUUUUUCAAUUGUCAGACCAAAUGCAGAAGACGAUCCUCCAUUGAAGUUUGAUUAGUAGUACCACCUACAAAAAUAAGUAGGUUUACAUUUCCUCUUAUGUUUGUGUACCUUACAAAGCCGGUUCAUCAAUUCGUGAUCAAUUGAUCUGAAAAGUCCCAAUCAAAACCACCCACCAUCUCUGUUGGCACAGCUAGCCUUCUCAUUUGCAAAUGUUGUGUUUUUUUUUUUUGGGGGUUGGGUCUUGUUUCUUCUUUGUAUUCUGCAUUUCUCAUGUGAGACAUGGAUUAGUACCUUUUAAUUUAUGGAGCUUUGGAAUUGCACUUUCUUCUUCGUCUCCACUUUUUAACUUAUAUUUGGACUUUGUUUUCUCAUGCCAAUCGUGUGCACAGUAAUUCUUGCAUUCGAAAAAAGAAAAAACAAACAACCAAAAAACAAAUUUUCAUGUUAAUUACGUACAUUUUGCGAAUGAAUUUUUUUUAGAACGGAGAGAAUGGUACUGAGUGCUGAUUAUUAUAAUAAGGAUUAGCGGG